AUGAUCCAGCAAUCUCGGAUUCUGCGUGUUGCCGCGCUGCUCAUAUGCGUGACCGUUGCUUUGCAUAGUGAACUGUUCGCAGCUCCAAAGACCAAGAAGGACGAGCAAGACCCAUCGCCGCCACGACCAGCACCGGACGCAGACAAAAACAAGGAGCGACUGCGCCUAGAGACAGUUGAGCCCUCAGUUCCGGACUACCCCUUCGGACUGUUUUCGGCGGUGGUGGCUGCCUAUGUUUAUUUCUCCACCACCAGCCCGGAAAAUGCGGGGUCCAUGCCUCGGAACCUGGAGGACUAUUUUUAG